CUGAGGUUGUAUUGCACUAUUCUGUGUGUCUAAAUAUGUUGUGGUCUCGGUUGAGACCCUAUUACCCUGGUAUAUACUGUUCUGGAAUAGCGACUUCCAGGGCCAGUAUAUAGUCGGCUUCUCCUUGCGUAGUCUAAACCGUGACAGUUUCUUUAAUUUCGCACACUCUGACAAGACGGCCGACCGAAACUCGACAUACUCUUUUACAAUGUCAGCUCCCUUCAUACUACCAUGCUAUCCGGUGAUCCACCUGGGAAGUUCUGGGGCUUGCAUACCUCGUUCGGCGUUAGAUUCUGAUAGAAUACGAACUUCGAGAACGCUGGAUCGAACUCUUCUAGUUGUUUCUGGGAAACAUCAGCUUUCACAUCCCUGGCUAGACGCUUUUACUGACCUCACACUGGUGCUCCAGUCGCCAGAACGUCAGAACGCGAUACAGUGAUUGUAGAAACGGCAUUGUGGCCCUCUUUGCCCCUCUCACUGGGUUCGUCCG